AUGCUCGCGAUUUCUUUUGGGGUCUCCAUCGCUGCUUAUGGAGAGGCCAAGUACGAUUCAUGGGGGGUCCUUCUCCAGCUUGGCGCCGUUGUCUUCGAGGCGACGAGGUUGGUGUUGAUUCAGAUCUUGUUGACCUCAAAAGGGAUUAGCUUAAACCCCAUCACCUCUCUUUACUAUGUCGCCCCCAGCUGUUUGGCCUUUCUUUUGGUUCCGUGGCUGUUGGUGGAGUAUCCAGUUUUGAAGCAACAUUUUUCUGGAUUUCAUUUUGAUUUUCUGAUUUUUGGUACUAAUUCAUUGUGUGCCUUCGCCUUGAAUUUGGCUGUGUUCUUGCUGUCCGUGAUUAAGGACACCGUGACGCCGCUGAAUUUGUUUGGAUACGGGCUGGCGUUUUUGGGAGUGGGGUAUUAUAACCACUCGAAAUUGCAGGAUCUGAAGGCGAAUGAGGCACAGAAAAAGACACAAAUGGCAGAGGAAGAGAAAAGGAAGCGGUUGGGCGAGGGGAACAGAGAUGGGAAUGAGAAGAAGGGAGAGUCACAGGAUGGUUUUCUAGGGUUUGUCGGGACACGGGCCGUGACACUGUCACUGAGCCCGUGUCGAUGCCUGUGUUAUCCACCUAGGUGCCACAUCAAUUUAACGACAUGCCAUGUCAGCGUUAUUUGGCCGGAAUGUGACUUCGAGACACAAUUGCAAAAAUUAUAA